AUGGAUGCUUUGGACGCGUCGCAUAAAAAGGAGACGCUCACUAGCAACGAGUACUCUUCUCAUUCCGAUGUCGAAAAAUCCUCGCCGUAUCUCCCCACAACACCCGACCUAGCACCUCUCAAAAUCGAGGUCACUUACCCCGAGGGUGGCCGCGAUGCCUGGAUGGUGGUAUUGGGAGCGUGGUGCGGCCUAACCUCAUCGCUGGGUAUCUACAACACAUCCGGUGUGUUCGAAGUCGUGAUAUCCAAAGUGAUAUUACCGGAAGCUUCAUCAUCUACCCUUGGUUGGAUAUUCUCAGUCUACGCCUUCGUAAACUGGGUCUGUGGAGUACAAAUUGGACCGACCUUUGAUGCAAUGGGCCCGCGUGCGCUGAUGAUUGCGGGGACUAUUUGCACGCUGAUUGGCAUUUUCACCCUCAGUGUCUCUACAGAAUACUACCAGAUCUUCUUGUCAUUCUCCAUCAUGACCGGUAUCGGCUCAUCCCUCCUCCUGACCCCAUCUAUGGGUUGUGUCGCUCAUUGGUUCAUGGAGCGUCGCGGCCUUGCUAGUGGUAUAGCAUUCAUAGGAGGUGGCUUUGGUGGGGUUCUUUUCCCCCUGAUGAUACAAUCACUCCUCCCUCAAGUUGGCUGGGGAUGGUCAAUCCGGAUCCUCGGAUUUGUGCUGCUUGUACUUUGCGCUAUCAGCGUGGCAUUUUGUCGAAGCAGAAUCCCUCCCCGCAAAGGAGCGGAAACAACUUGGCGAGAUACAUUGCCGGAUUAUAAUAUCUUCUUGGAUGGAACAGGAGCCAUGGCACUCACAACCGCUGGAGUCCUUUUGACAGAUUUGGCGUACUUCAUCCCGAUUACAUACAUACCGCGUUACUAUAUCGAUCGACAGCAACUACCCGACGAGGAUGCACUGGCGGGAUCGUCGGCAUUUGCAUAUCAGCUUCUUGCGAUUCUCAAUGCCGCUUCGUGCGUUGGCCGAUACGUGGCGGGCGACAUGGCGGAUCGAUUUGGCAGAUAUAAUACCAUGAUUGUCUCGUUGUUCUUCUGCACAGUAUCGGUUCUAGGGUUCUGGUUACCAGAUAUUCUCGCACCAAACCUGGAUUCCUACGCACUCUUGGUAGUCUUUAUACUACUAUUCGGUUUCUGCAGCGGUUCAAAUGUUAGCUUGACACCAAUAUGCCUAGGUCAGCUCUGCGAAACCCAGGAAUAUGGACGUUAUUACGCAAGCUGCUUCACGGUGGUAUCUUUCGGGGUACUGGCAAGUAUCCCAAUCGCUGGGGGUCUUCUCGAUGCGGUGGAAGCUACAGGAAAGGAGAAGUAUUGGGGAGUGGCUCUUUUUGCUGGGCUCAGCUAUGUGGGUGCGUUUUUAGCUUUCCUAUGGGUCAGGAUCAAAGUGAAAGGGACGGACUGGAGGGUAAGGUGGUAG